AUGGACAAUUAUCGUUGGGUAAAUGGCCCAGCCUUCUUGCAGCAAGAAGAAAAAGCCUGGCCUAUAACCAUUAAGCUUCCUGAACCUUCUGUCGAAGAUCCAGAGGUAUCAGCCACCAACUGGAUUGGGCUCGUUUACGGCCUCGCUGAAGAAAAUAGGAUCCGCUCAUUAUUGGAACGAAAUUCCAACUAUGAUCUAGUGAUGCGAAUUGUUGCAUCGGUUCUUCGUUUUAUUUCCAACUCGAGGUUGGAAUCAUCGAAUCGUGACAAUUCGCGAAUUGAUGUGAAAUGCAUUGAGCGCGCUGCUAAUUGUUGCAUCAAAUUGGCACAAUUGGAUACCUAUUCUGAUGAAAUAGAGGCUUUAAAGGACAAAAGGCUUUUGAAAUUGAGUUCGACGCUGAUAACUAUAUCGCCAUUUCUGGACGAGCAAGGAAUAUUGCGAGUAGGAGGUCGCUUGAAUUACGCUCCUCUUUCGUUCGACAUCAAGCAUCCUAAAAUCCUGCCCCAUGAUCAUCCACUCACGCGUUUAAUCAUCAUGAGAGAGCAUGAUCUACUGUUCCAUCCAUCUACAGAGAGACUGCUCAGCUCAAUAAGGUCUCAAUAUUGGAUCAUCAAAGGACGAGUAGCUAUCAAAAGGGCGGUACACUUGGAAGUUGCAGCCUCACUUGACUUAUCGUCUUUUCUGAUCGCCUUUGCUUCGUUCACCGCUCGAAGAGGUCGUCCGUCAGUCGUGUAUAGUGACAAUGGAACGCAAAUUGUUGCUGGAGACAAAGCAAUUCAACAAGGCAUCCAGCGUCUCAAGGAGCAAAAUAUCGUCAGACAAAUGGUUAAACGAGAAAUCGAAUGGCAUUUCUCACCACCAUUGGCGCCACAUUUCGGAGGCGUUUGGGAAAGUUUCGUAAAAUCAGCAAAGGUGGCUCUGGAAGCCAUUGUGGAAUCACGUCCGCUUACCGAAGACCUUUUACGAGGUUUCGUGAUUCAGGCCGAAUCAUUGCUGAACGGACGUCCACUGACCUACGUCAGUAUGGACCCUCGAGAUCCCGAACCACUAACCCCGAAUCAUUUUUGGUUAGUACAGAGCUCACCAAACACAGAAAACGACGUCAUCGAGGACGAGAAAUUGUAUUCUCGAAAACAUUGGGAGGCCAUGCAAGUCAUGACGACACACUUCUGGCGCCGAUGGCUUCACGAGUACCUUCCCACGCUCACUGACCGUCGAAAAUGGCUCUUCGAUAAGAAGAACUUGGCAGUGGACGAUACCGUGCUUGUGGUUGCCCCGAAUUCUCCUAGAGGACAUUGGCCCAUUGGUCGUGUAACCCGAGUCAUCCCCAGUCCAGAUGGAGUCGUCCGAUCGGUGUACGUCAAGACCUCUACUGGAGAAUACUACCUCCCAGUGUCAAAAUAA